UAUAUUAAGAAAUUUAUUUUCAGAAAUAUUUAUAAUGCCUGGUUAACAGAUCUGAUUUGUCAAAACUUGGAGCUUCUCUCACGUUCGUGCUUGGAGAUAAAUGAUGGAGGGUGAGUUGAAACGGAAAUAUCCAUGUGAUCAGUGUGAGUACAUCUCAACCAGACCCUCCUAUUUGAAAGCGCAUAGAAACGCUAAACAUCUUGGUAUUAGAUCAUAUCUCUGUGACCAAUGUGAGUAUUCAACUACCAAAUCUUCAUAUUUAAAACUACACAAGGACUCAAAACACUUGGGGGUUAGAUAUCCAUGUGAUCAAUGUGAAUACGCCGCGGUCAGACCUUCGGACUUGAAAAAGCACCAUGAGCACAAGCAUCAAGGAGUUAAAUAUCCUUGUACUCAGUGUACGUAUGUAGCAACCACCUCAUCGGAUCUCAGAAGACACACAAACAGUAUACAUCUAGGAAUAAAAUAUCCCUGUGACAUGUGCGAUUAUCAAGCUUCUGGGGUGUUUUACUUAAAAAGACAUAAACAGAUUAAACACCAAGGAAUAAGAUAUACUUGCGACGAGUGUGAUUAUUCUGCAACCAGAUUAUAUAUGUUAAAGAAUCACAAAGACAGUAAACAUCUUGCUAACAUGAAAUUUCAUUGUGACCAAUGUGUGUAUGCCACAACUACAUCAUCAGCGCUAAAGGGACACAUACGAAGUGUUCACCUUGGGGUAAAAUACCCCUGCAACUUCUGCGAACAUGCUGGAUCCUCAAGAUCAAAUUUGUUUGCGCACAUCAGGAGAAAGCAUAAAGAAAUGGCCGAGGCUAUGAAGCAGUGUGAAGAGGAAGCGACUGAAAAGGCUAGAAUUGAGGAGAACGAACGAUUAAAACUUAAUAAUAUUAAAUCAGAUCUGGUCAAGACGGAACCUACCCUUCAAUCCUCUCAACCAGAGUCUGAACCUACUAAUCCUGAACCUCAACAAGCUGAACUUAAGCCUGAUCCGAUUGAACUUAAAUCUGGUCACAUUGAACCUAAAGCUGAACAAACUGAACCUCAAUGUUUGACCUGUGAACCUGAUUUUGUAAACCUUGAACCUGGUAAAUCUGAACCUGGAUUACAGGAGCUUGAGAACAAAAAGGAGAAAGAUCGGGAUACUGAAAGAUCGUCUGAUCGAAAUUCAGAAAGAUCGUCCUUUGACGAAGAGUUUUCUAUCAAAGUAGAAGUCGACGAAGACGAUUGUUUAGAUUACAAUUAAGUUCGAAAUUCGAUUUAUUUGUAAAAAAUAUAUUUAUAUGUUUUAGGUUUUUUAUUUUUAAAUUAGACAUACGUCAAAGUUCAAUUCCUCUUAUUAGUCAUAAAGAUUUGAAAAUGUUAAUGAUUUUGUAAACGUUAUCACAUUAUUAAAUAUUAGUACAAAUAGUCAUUAAAAGUACGUUCAGUGUGUAAUAAUGUACAUGUCGAAUUAUAAAUUGUUUUAUUAAUUUUAUUUAUAAUUGUAUAAAGUUCAAAUUUUUUGUUUUAAAUCUUGAGUAUAUUAUUUAUAUUAUUAUUCUCAACGUUGAGGUGGAUACUUGUAAAUGGACGUAGUUACUUAAUCUCGUUCUAUUCUCGCGGAUAAAUUACUUAAUAUAAAGGUCCAAUUGCUGAAUCUCAUUGCGAGAAUAGAACUAGAUCAACGCAUUCUGUCAUUAAACGUUCAUUAUUUAUAAAUUUGAAGUAAAGUCUUGUCUAUUCUCUAGUUCAAUAAUUAUUUAGUUUUUCAAUAAAUUUUCUCUUGGUGUGUU